CCUAUGAACACGUGACUAACUGGAAGUUUGGAGUGAACCCGGAAGUCAGCUGGUCAGCAGUUAAUAGUCCGAAAAUCAGCUUUUAUUGUGAAGCAGCUUACUUGCUCUGAUUUACCCAGGAUGGGGGUGUUUGACAACUGCUCUGUGCUUCUGGAGCUCAAAAGUCUGGCCUUUAAAGAGAAGAAGAAGCUGAACGCCAUUGUGACGGAGAAUGGUGGACGCAUCUGUUUCAUCAUCAACAAACAGUGCUCUCUAGUGGUGACCAGCGACGUCGCCAACCUGAGCUCCAACCGGCUUCGCAGUAUCCAGAAGCACCGCACACCUGUGGUGGAGCCAGAUUAUCUGCACCGCUGUGUGGAGAGAGGAGUUCUGCUUCCUGUGGACCCAUACCAGCUGGAGCCUUCAUCAGCUCCUCCUCCUCUGGGACAAGCUCAUCGAGGGUCUACAUCAGCUCAUCCUCCUCUUCACCAAGCCUGGAGUCCAAACUGCCGAGUCUCACCAGAACCAGCAGAAGAGACGGAUCCGGAAAAGCUCAGGAUUUACUCUGAAUCGGACCCUGAUCUCCCAGCUUUCCCAGAUAAUUUCCAGGUGGCAAAAUAUUCCAUUUUUGCCAAGACGAACAACAGAACCUGGUGUGUGUUGGAGCUGCAGAGCGUUGGAACUGAGUCGGGUCGGCGUUAUCGUGUGGUCCGAUACUGGAAGGACGAUGUGACUGCAGAGGAGGUGGCGGUGAAGGACCAGCUGGUCUUCCUGUCCUCCUCAGAGGAAGCUCUGGAUGUUUACGAGGCUUUGAUGGACCAGCUGGACUCUACUGAAAUGGAGAGGAUGACCGGUGUCCCUCCAGAGGUGCAGCACAUAGGCUCCGCCCCCCUGCAGCAGCUGCUACUGGAGGAGAAGCUGAGUACAGGAAGUCUGUCCCAGGAAGUAGCCGUGUUUGUGGAAACCCUGUGGACCGAAGCUCUGGGUUCCCUCAGUGAGGUUCUGAGUGUUCCCAUCAACAAGCUAAGCCUAAACGAUGUUAGCAGAGCCGAGGGCUUGUUGAUCCAUCUUCAGAAGAUCCUAAAGGAGGAGAACGAAGUGGAGGUGUUGUCUCUCCUGGAGGAGGUUUUUGUCUUGCUCCCUCACCUACAUCGCCCCGAGACUCCUCCCACCAGGUCCUUCCUCUCCCAGAAGCUGGACCUCUGUCAGAUGAUCCGAGAUGUUCUGAACGUGAGUGAGAUGAUCCUGAGGAGUCCAGAGCCGUCAAGCGUGGGGAAGUACCGCGCCCUCCGCUGCAGCAUCCAGGUGGUCCCCCCCAACGGCGCCGAGUUCCAGAGCGUUUCCGGUCUGCUAGACGGUCCCAUCCAGAUCCAUCAGGUGUUGAGUGUCAGCAGAGGGGUGGAGCUUCAGACCUUUAGAGCUGACCUGGGGAUCGUUAAGCCCCUCCUCCACUCGUCCAGUCCCAGUAACUUUGUGGGAAUCCUCUCCCGGGGCCUCCUGCUUCCUCGUGUUGCAGUGGAGCAUCAUGGGAUUGAGCGGACAGACGUCGGUAACCUCGGCUCUGGGAUCUACUUCAGCAACUCUUUGAGUACCAGUCUGAAGUACUCCAAACCCGGACAAACGGACCAGUCUCGGCUUCUGCUGGUGUGUGAUGUGGCUCUGGGACGGUGCAAGGAGGUCCGUAAGAAGGACCCAACUCUGGACCAGGCUCCUGAGGGCCACCACAGUGUGCACGGGGUCCGCCGCACCAACAGCAUCCAGUCAGACUUUGAGGACGAUGAGUUUGUCGUCUACUCGCCAGAUCAGGUGAAGAUCAAGUAUGUGGUUCAGUUCAGUGUUGAAGGAGAUGGGCUGAAGGACUUUCAACCUGCAGUCAGCAUGUCUGCUGUGACGUCUCAGUCAGAGACAGACCAAGAGCUGCUUUUAGUGGACGAAGACAUGGACAACAUUAAAAACCCUCUGGAGGACGUGACAGCUGGACUCCUGGACAGUUCAGGACAGCAGCUCCCCCUGCAGGCCGUCCAUGUGAAGUGUAAACUGAUGGAUCUGCUCUCUCAGGUGAUCAUUUUCCAGAAAUACACCAAUCUGAGCUCGUUUCCUAUUGAGGCGAAAUACGUGUUCCCGCUGGACGAUUCUGCUGCCGUGUGUGGGUUUGAAGCUUUCAUCAAUGGGAAACAUGUGGUGGGACAGGUGAAGGAGAAAGAAACUGCUCGUAGGGAAUAUAAACAGGCAAUAGAGCGAGGUCAUGGGGCGUUCCUGAUGGACCAGGAUGCUCCUGAUGUGUUCACCAUCAGUGUGGGCAACCUACCGCCUGGAGCCACCGUCCUCAUCAAAGUCACCUUUGUGUCUGAGCUGGUGGUCAAAGAUGGGAACAUCCUGUUUUCUCUGCCAGGAAGCGUGGCUCCAUGGCAGGAAAGCGCCGCCCUCAACCAAACCACACAAGUGUCUGUGCAGAAGGUGUGUGUGACGGAUGAAGUAGCAGAUAAAAGGGAGUUCACGUUGGAGAUGUCCGUUGAGAUGCCCCACGAGAUCUCCAGUCUGGUCUGCAUUACCCACCAGAUCCAGAUGAAAAGGACUGCCUGUAAGGCAGUGGUCAGGGUUCUGCCGGAUCAGGUCCUGGGUCCAGAAGGUUUCCAGCUGUCCAUCAGUCUGUCGGAGACUCACCUACCCAGGAUGUGGGUGGAGAAACACCCUGACAAGGACAGCCAGGCCUGCAUGCUGGUUUUCUACCCGGACUUUAAUCCCAUCUCCCAUUCUGAAGCCGGCGAAGUCGUCCUGUUGUUGGACACGUCUGAGUCCAUGAGGGGGGAGUCUCUUCGCCUGGCCCAGCAGAUCGCCCUUCAGGUUCUCCGGAAACUCCAGAACAGCACCAGAAUCAACGUGAUUUUGUUUGGAACAGAUCACACUGAAGCUUUGCUGAGAACUCGGAAGCUGGCUGAAGUUCAUCUGACAGCCCAGAGCUUCAUCAAGCACUGCUCCCUAGUAGGGGGCAGCACCGAGCUGUGGCGGCCACUCCGGGCCCUCAGCCUGCUGCCGCCGUCCCGCGGUGUCCGAAACCUGCUGCUGCUCUCUGACGGCCACAUCCAGAAUGCCGCUUUCACCCUGCAGCUGCUCAAGGACAACGUUCAGCACAGCCGCCUCUUCACCUGUGGCCUGAGCUCGACAGCCAAUCGCCAUAUGCUGAGAGCUUUGGCUCAGGCAGGGGGCGGAGCUUAUGAAUACUUUGACACAAAAACUAAACACAACUGGCCUGAGAAGGUGUUACGUCAGGUGGAUCGUAUGUCAUCUCCCGGCUGCAGCUCGGCCUCUGUGAAGUGGCAGCAGUUCAACCCGGCAGCUCCUCCUCCUGUUCAAGCCCCGAAGCAGCUGCAUGCUCUCUUCAGUGACUGCUGCACUCUGGUGUACGGCUUGGUGCCACACUGCACUCAGGCGACUCUUUUUGGGAACCUUCAUGGUCAGGAGCUGAAAACUGUGGUGUCCACCACGGAGCUGCAGAUGACCAGAGGAACGUUCCUUCACAAGCUGACAGCACGGGCGUUGAUUCGGGACUACGAAGACGGGAGUCUUGAUACGAACGAAGCUCAACACGAGGAGAAGAAAGCAGAGCUGAAGUCCUUCAUCAUUGAGCUGAGUAGAGAAUGGUCCAUCCUGUCUCAGUUCACCAGCUUUGUGGCCGUCGAGGAGAGGGACUCCGAGCAAGCUGAAGACGGCAUCACAGAUGUCAACAAGCUGAUUGCAGAGGAAGAUGUGGACUUCCUGCCAUACAUUGGCUGGGCCAUCAGUCAGCAGGACGAUGACAUCCUGGUGUCCAACUACUAUCUGUCACUGGAUUUAAAACCUACAGAUUCCAGUUUUGACUGGGAGUCUCCCACUCCUACAGGAGAAGGUUAUGAAGCCGACUUCUUUGAACCUGAUCGUCUGUGUCUCAUGGAACCAGAGCUUCACUGCCUUCCCUCAGCUGUUGGUGCUGAAGCAGCAUCUGCAGCUCUUGGUCUCCGCUUCAAACGUUCUGGUCCAGACUCUCCAAGCCCACCUGCUCCUGGCAUCCAUCUGAACUCUGCUGAUUUUUCUGGAAGUUCGGAGUUCCUCUUUAAACGUCUCACUCCUUCAUACAGCUCGUCUGCACCAUCUUUCAGUUUUGGAUCCACUGCUGCUGCUCCUCCUCCUUUUGCUGCUCAAUCAUCCCAGCCUGCUCCUCUUCCUCCUGUGUUACGAUCCACUGCGGGUCCUCCUCCCCCUUUUGCUGCUCAAUCAUCCCAGCCUGCUCCUCCUCCUCCUUUUGCUGCUCAAUCUUCCCAGCCUGCUCCUCCUCCUCAUCCUCCUCCUCCUUUUGCUGCUCAAUCAUCCCAGCCUGCUCCUCUUCUUCCUGUGUUACUAUCCACUGCGGGCCCUCCUCCCCCUUUUGCUGCUCAAUCAUCCCAGCCUGCUCCUCCUCCUUCUUUUGCUGCUCAAUCAUCCCAGCCUGCUCCUCCUCCUCCUUUUGCUGCUCAGUCAUCCCAGCCUGCUCCUCCUCCUCCUUUUGCUGCUCAAUCAUCCCAGCCUGCUCCUCCUCCUCCUUUUGCUGCUCAAUCAUCCCAGCCUGCUCCUCCUCCUCCUUUUGCUGCUCAAUCAUCCCAGCCUGCUCCUCCUCCUGUGUUACGAUCCACUGCCGGUCCUCCUCCUCCUCCUUUUGCUGCUCAAUCAUCCCAGCCUGCUCCUCCUCUUCCUCCUGUGUUACGAUCCCCUGAUGCUCCUUCUCCUCCUGCUGCUCCAUUAUCUGCUAUGUUUGAAUCCCUUGAUGCUCCUCCUUCUAUUUCGCUCCGUGCUCUGGCUCUUCCUGAUUCGCCACAGCCAGAGUUUGACCCCCCCAGGGGUCAUUCUGGUUUCUCCGGCUCACCUUCUACCAUCUCCCUGAACUCAGGGAUUCGUUCAAAACUCACACGGACAAGGAGAAGGGACGUUGCUUUGUACCUAGACGAAGACGAGGAACCGUUACAUUCCAUGGAGAUGGAACAAAACAUGUGUGCUCGGCGUAAAAGAGACCAUAGAUGUUCAUAUUUGCGUCGACCACAUGUCUCUAGACGCCUGCCUUUAAAAUCUGCAGAGGCACUGCCAGAAGAACCACAGCAUAAGUGGACUAAGAUCUUUCAGCUGCAGAGUUUGGAUGGAUACUGGGACCUGAGCCCAGGACUGGGAGCUUUAAUAAACCUCAAUGUGGACGUCUUUGCUAACGUGUUCCUGAAGAACAAAGGCAUCUGUUCUCUGGGCAUGAAGGCCCACGCUGACAUCCUGAGGAUGGUGGCCACUCUCCUGGUUCUGCAGCUGCUGAGGUUGGAGGAGCUGGACGAAGGAAAACUGCUGCAGAGUCUGUUUCGAUUGAAGGAGUCGCCACAGUUCAGGCCCGAGCGCUGGGAGCAGAUGAAGAAGGCUGUGGACUGGGUCUGUUGGGCUGACCAGCAGUAUCCGUGUAUCUGCAGCCGGCUGGAGCUGGGUCUGAGCUGGGAGUCCUCCACCCGUCAGCUACUGGGCUUCGACAGCAUCCCACCGUUCUCUCCUCUGAUUGGUCUGGACCUGCAGAUGACCACCUCUGCUGUACCGGUCUACUGAGGAGCCAGCAGGAGAAAAUCCAGCUGAGAGGAUGGAGUCGACCAUGUUUACAAUCCGCUAUAAUUAACCAAAUUCAUUUGUGCUCAAGAGUCACCUUUCAGACGCCCACAGCUGUAAUCCAUGUCAACAGCUGAGCAUCUGGAAUGAAUCAAUAAAUAAUUCUUAUGUUCUAACAAACAGGAUAGAAUAGAGAAGUGACCAGCGUGACCAGGGUGUAACGUGAUUUUUGCUAAUAAUUGGUUUCAGCAGAACUAAUGGAAGUUACGGUGUAACUAUGGUUCUGUGAGUUCCUGGAUGACUUCCAGUGGCAGUAAACAGAGUGGAUGUAUCUCCUCGCGCUCUGUGCAGGUCGAGUACUAAUGCAAACGAAGUCACGCACGUGACAUGUAGCGCACCUGGUCGCGAGUCUAUAAAAUACGCGCCGAUAGCUACGUUCGGGUCUCCCGGGAUCUUCUCGCCCAAGAAGUUCCGAGUGACCCCUGUGACUGGCAGUCAUCCAGGAACUCACAGAACCAUAGUUACACCGUCACUUCCGUUCUGUUUCGUUCCCUCCUGACUGCCAGUGGCAGUAAACAGAGUGGAUGACUAAUGCCAGCAGUGUCACGAAGAACGUAAAACUUACCCCAACUCAGGAGGUAGCUGCCAGAGGCAGCACCGCCGAAGCGAGCAUGGACCCGUGGCCAACAUUGAGGCGGUAGAAGCGUGCAAACGUGCACGGAGUUGCCCAGGACGCCACCGCACAGACGUCCGCCAGUAGCACGCCUCUCAUCGCCGCCCAGGAUGUCGUAACACUCCUGGUGGAAUGGCACACGAUCCCAGGGGGAGCCACUGCACCCACUGCCGCAUAAGCCAUAGCAAUGGCAUCCACGACCCAAUGCGACAGCCUCUGCUUCGAAAGGGCUCGACCCCUGUUCACUCCUCCGUGACAGACAAACAACUGGUUCGACUGCCGGACAGUGUUUGUGGCCACAAUAUAGAGCUGCAGUGCCCGGACCAGGCACAGCAAAUUCGCCCGCCGUUGUUCCUCCGAAUGAAAUGGGGGAGGGAAAUACGCCCCCAGCUCGAUUGCGGCAUUUACGUAGCCAGAGGGCAGAACUUUAAGAAGAAAGGCAACGUUGGGCCACAGCGUCACCCCCGACCCAUUUGCCUUCCACCGCAGGCAGGCGGGGCUGAUGUCCAGUGCGUGCAGCUCACUGACCCGUUUAGCCGUUGUCACUGCCAAGAGAAAGGCGGUUUUCACCUACACCACUUCCAACGGGGCGGUAGUCAUCGGCUCAAAGGGUGGCUCACACAGGGCCUGCAGGACCAGGGGAAGGUCUCAAGCAGGUGCCGGCCUGCACAAGGGAGGACGCAACCUUCUCACGCCCUGCAGAAACUGGGUCACCAAAUAGUGAACCCCAACGCUCCUGCCAUCCACUAAGAGGUGUUUGGCCGAAAUCGCCGCCAGGUGUACCUUAAGGGUCGAGGCAGCCCGGCCCUUGUCAAACAGGUGCUGGAGGUACUGCAGAACCUCAUGCAGGGAACAAGAACCAGGGUCCACAUCCCUGCCGGAACACCAGGUAGAGAACCGCUGCCAACAGCGAGCGUACGUGGCCCUUGUAGACGGAGCCCUGGCACUAUCCAGCACCUGCUGGAUGGAGGGCUGUAAGCCAACUGGGGGCUGCCUGGCCCCCUCAAUGGCCACACCGUGAGCUGAAGAUGAUCUGGGGACGGAUGCCAAAUCCUCCCCUCCAUCUGAGACAGGAGGUCCCGCCACGCCGGCAACCGCCACGGCUCCCCGUUCAACAGACUGAGAAGCAAUGGAAACCAGACCCUCAUGGGCCAGUCUGGCGCCACCAGAAGGACCUCGUGUGACGAGUCCCUCGCCCGAUGGAGGGUCGGUAAGAUCAACGGGAAAGGCGGGAAAGCAUACAGCCGAACCAACAGCCAGGCAUUGGCGAGGGCGUCCAUCCCCAGCGGGGCGUCGGCCUCUGCCAGGGAGAACCACAAGGGGCAAUGCGUGCUGCUCCUCGAGGCAAACAGAUCCACCUGGGCCUCUCCGAACUGAUGCCAUACCCUCUGCACCACCUGAGGGUGCAACCUCCAUUCCCCCGGGGGAAGACCCCGCCGAGACAGGCAAUCUGCCACAGAGUACCUCCAACCCGGAAGGUGCAGCGCCCUGAUGGAGGCCAAGCGAAGGUAAGCCCAGGUCAACAGCAUCUGAGCCUCCCUCAACGAUCGCAAUGACCUGGUGCCCCCCGAUGGUUUAUGUGGAACACCGCUGAGGUGCUGUCCGUCCGGACGAGCACGUGAUUGCCCCGCAGAAAGGGCAGGAAGCGCCUCAGCGCCAAGUAGUCGGUCUUCAAUUCCAGGACAUUGAUGUGAAGCCAUGCAACUCCACAACCCCCGGACCGACCUGCACUGCUAAUGCGCCCCCCACCCCCGGGCUGACGCAUCCGUCGUGAUGAAAAUCUGCCGGCCGCCAGCCCAUGGCCCUCAGGCCGUGUCCCAAUGCCUGUUCGGGGCCCUGGGGGGGGGGGCGGCAGCCCCUGUCCUGCCCCGAGGAUCCCAGUGCGGUGCCUGACCUGCCCCCGAGCGUCUCAAAGUCCCUGCCGCGGCCGCGUUCUGCUGGGUGACCUGCAAGGGGGCAGCCGGACGAAACUGGCGCCGAGGGUCCCAUGCCCCUCGCGGCCUGGACUGUGGCACCGGGAGGACCCCUGCCCCGCUACGCCCACUCCAGGCCUCUGCGGCCUGUAUGGAAUGCCGCCGACGUUCCAACGCCCUCUCAGCCUCUGGCCCGAACAACUGGCCCGGCACCACGGGCAGUCCACGCAGGCUCUGUCGGCAGUCAUCCGACACCAGGGCCUGCGCCAACCAGACCUGACGGCGAGUCACUACCAGUGUGCCCAACAGCCGACCAAGCUCCCUGGACAUCAGCCCAAACGCUUGCAGGGCUGUGUCAUUUGUAUCGCCCAGUGCCGUCCCCGCUGCACCUGACUGCAGCAUCUUGGACUGGGCUAGCAACAGCACAGACAGCGAAUUGCUGGUGCGUGCCAUCCUUGCCCCGAUGUUGUAAGCCUGGCACAGUAAGCUGUCGGUCACCCGACACUGGGUGCUCGGACAGCGGAUCCUGUCCCUCAAUGCCUCAUCCGGGGAGAGCACCAAAGAAGCAACGCAGUGGUCCACCGGGGCAUGUGGUCCAACCCGUAGGUUCCUGCCUCCCGCAUCGAUGCCAUGGUCCUGGUAUCCUUACCGUGGUGGGAGAGCUGCCUCGGGUCCCCCUAGCACCGCUGCAGCUCUUCCACAAAGGCCAGCGAUGGUGGGACCUGAAACGGGGGCGCCGCCGGAGCCCGGCGGAAGAAGGGAUUCCCCGCCGGACAGGCCACUGUCACAUCGUCCAGUUCAAUCCUGGCCAGUGCCGCUCGCAAAAUCGCCCGCAACUGACAGGGAUCAUCCGCCAGCUCCGAGCUUGCUGAGCUAUGGAGAGACAUCCCCGAGUCCCUGUGACCUCCCAGGCCCAGGGGCUCCACUACCAGCCCCUGACUACGACCCAGAGAGGGGCCCUCCUCCCCGAGGGACUGAAACUCGGAAUUUGAGGCCCUCAUAGAGAUCAGGUUGUACGUCAUGAGGGGAGCCCCACAUGACGUACACGCCAACAUCCCUACCGAUGUGGGAGAUGCCAGCGACUACACAGGAACUGAGCGAGGACUUCAAGGAAAACUGAAGAACGCGAUUCAGUCCUGGAGUUGUUAAACAGCACACGAUGCGUGUGUCGGCUGGGUAAUCUGAGUGUGACACCUCCACGGUCAGAAUGUCCAGCCCCACUUACCUGUAGCGCUCGCCGGCCGCACCCCCCUCCCCUUUCACACAGGGGAAAAUAGCGACCGCCAGCGAGCCCUAUCCGAGCCGGCAGCGGCGGUCCGAACGGUGCCGGCCGCCCGCUCUCGGUAACAAUCGAAGAUAACCGCGUCAAUCCACCGCCCCAGAGGGCUGCUCUGAGCGCUCCGACCACCCGGUCUCGGGCAGGAUGGCGCCAAGUAAUAAGUGUACUCACCUCUAGACCGACAAGAUCCGAAUCACGGACUUACGGAGCGAUUGACCCGCAAAGCACGCCAAGUCAACAGCGAGAAGAUCAAAGAGACCCGAACGUAGCUAUCGGCGCGUAAUUUAUAGACUAGCGACCAGGUGUGCUACAUGUUAAGUGCGUGACUUUGUUUACAUUAGUACUCGACCUGCGCAGAGCGCGAGGAGAUACAUCCACUCUGUUUACUGCCACUGGCAGUCAGGAGGGAACGAAACAGAACAAAGGUUCCCGUUAGCACCUCAGGGGAGGAGGUGCUGAGUGUGAUGGAUUUUUGGGAAUCAGCAGAGGAAUAGUGAAUAUCAGCUUGUGUGUGAUGUCACAAGAGGAUAGGGGACUAUCCCCAUCACAUGAUGGAAAUUGUGCUUAAUUGCUUGUAAGUGAAAAUCAAUAAAUGGUCGCUUCAGAAGUCAGAA